AUGUCUAUUGACAUUGUCAUGAACCGUGAAAGUCUGUCUCGUUUAUCGGAAGUCAUUACACCGUUAUAUGGCCUUUCAGCAGAAACUUCAACACCAUUUAUGAAUGAGGACCAGGUAUGCCUGUUUCAAUUGAAUAUGCAUGUGAUUUCUAAAGAAAAAAAGCGACUACGAAAACUGUAUGAAGGACUAGAUAUGAGUAAGGAUGCAACCAUCGACGUUGGAGAUUUGACAAAUGCGUUCAAGCAGAAGACUCCUCUUAUACCAAGUGGUGUUAUACCAGAAUUGUUUCCUCAAAUGGAUUAUUUAAAUGAUGACAUAACAUUUGCGGAACUCGUCCAACAUGCUAUCGAGCAUGAAAAGAAAUUGGAAAUCAUAUUCCGAGAUUUAGAUAAGAAUAAAAACGGUCAUAUCGGUGUGCAAGAAAUCAAAAAAUACUGUGAAGAUCUUGGUCUUCCAAUAACCGAAGCAAAAGUACAAGCAAUUGUUGAAUGGAUGUCGCGCACAAACUCAGCUUCUGUGAAUUUCUCAAAACUCAAGAAUUUUAUGUUGCUUUAUCCGCGAUCAAAACCGGAAGAAAUUGCGAAAUUUUGGAAGCAUAAUCUGAUGAUUUAUAUCGGCGAAGAUAGCCAGAUGCCUGAAGAUUUUUCGCAGCAAGAAAUCGCUUCAGGAUUUUGGUGGAAACAUUUGGUAGCUGGUGGAAUCGCAGGAUGUAUGAGUCGAACAUGUACGGCACCGUUAGAUCGAGUGAAAAUUUAUCUUCAAGUCCAUGCAACCUUACUCAACCGUUUACGAUUUCCAAAGGCAGCAAAACUUUUAUACGAAGAAGGCGGAUUGAAGUCUUUUUGGCGGGGAAAUGGCGUUAAUAUCGCGAAAAUUGCACCCGAAUCAGCUAUCAAAUUUUUUUCUUAUGACCUUAUUAAGCGACUUAUCGUUAGGAACAAAGAUGAAGGUUACAAGCUUCAGAUAUUUGAUCGACUUGCUGCCGGUUCUGCCGCAGGUGUAGUGUCCCAAACGGUGGUUUAUCCUUUAGAAGUGUUAAAAACACGUUUAGCAUUACGGCGCAGCGAUCAGUUGGAUAGUGGUUUAAUCGAUCUUGCAGCUAAAAUGUACAGAAAUGAAGGCCUUCUUUGUUUUUAUAAGGGUAUUGUUCCCAAUCUUAUUGGCAUUAUUCCUUAUGCGGGUAUUGAUUUGGCGAUUUAUGAAACGCUUAAAAGUUAUUAUUUGAAUAGUUACAAUGCUCAUCCGAUUCGCGAUAUCAUCGCUCUUCCUAUCUGUGGUGCCUGCAGUUCUAUUUGUGGUAUGGUAGCGAGUUAUCCGUUUGCUCUCGUAAGAACACGAUUGCAAGCUCUAUCGAUAUCGGAUAAUUUGACUCAACCAGGUACCAUGAAUGGACAAAUACAAUACAUUUGGAGGAAUGAUGGACUAUGUGGUCUUUAUCGGGGACUAACUGCGAAUUUAGUGAAAGCUGUACCUGCAGUAGCCAUAAGUUAUUGUGUUUAUGAACAUGUGCGUAUAUGGUUGGGUGCUCCGAUGAUGUAG